UCUCAAACAUCCACAAGUCACAACAAGCUUGAUUUUCUUGGUUAUACAAAGAAGAAUUUGAAGAAGAAAUCAAAGUUUUUAUAUGAAGAUGGAGAAGCUCAGCUUUCAUGUGUUGUUUUGCUCAUUUUUCUGUGCCUUUCUUUUGGUUUCAUGGCCUGCAAUGUCUCAAGAAGUUGAAAAUCAGAAAGAAUUUGAUUAUAAUAACAAGGGAAAGAAAGGACCUGCACAUUGGGGAGACCUUAAACGAGAAUGGCAUAACUGCAAGAAUGGACGCAUGCAAUCUCCUAUUGAUUUGUUGAAUAGAAGAGUCCGUAUUGUAUCUCAUUUUACGGACCUCAAGAUCAACUAUAAACCAUCCAAUGCAACUCUUAAGAACAGAGGACAUGAUAUAAUGUUGAAAUGGGGUGGUAAGGCUGGACAUAUGGAAGUAAAUGGAACUCGAUAUUUUCUAAGACAAAUUCAUUGGCACUCACCUUCUGAGCACACUAUCAAUGGAAGAAGGUUUGCUUUAGAAGCUCACUUAGUGCACCAAAGCCAAACCGGAAAGGUUGCUGUCAUUGGAAUUCUCUAUAAUAUUGGACGACGUGACUACUUCUUGUCCAGGAUGAAACAACAUUUGGAAGAAAUAUCACAUACAAAGAAACAUAAAGUAUUGAAUGUGGUCAAUCCAUCGUUGCUAAAGAUGCGAAGCAGUUUAUAUUAUAGAUAUAUUGGCUCUUUAACGGUUCCUCCUUGUUCUCAGAAUGUACUUUGGACUUUGGUGAGAAAGAUUAGAACUGUUGCACCCGAACAAGUAAAGUUGCUUCGCGUGGCUGUUCAUGAUGACUCGAACACUAAUGCAAGGCCUUUACAACCUCUCAAUAAUCGGAAUAUUCAACUUCGAAUCAAAUCAAACAUAGAUGGAGGAGAAGAAUGAUUCAUAAACACAUACAUAUGACAAAUAUUUCUUCAUCUUUCUUUCUCAAUACCAUGUUUUUAUUUUAGAUAUGAUAAAAAUGUUAUGAUUUUUAUAAUAUACUCAACAAUAAAAUCAUUUUUUGAA